AUGAGUGAACAAUUAGGUCCAUAUUUAGCAAUGUUUUUUAUACAAUUCAUAUAUUCUGGUAUGACUUUACUGUCUAAAUCCGUGUUUAACGGAGGAAUGAAAACAUCUGUGUUUGUUUUUUAUCGACAACUCAUUGGAGCCAUUAUCAUGGUUGCUUUAUCUUUGAUAUUUGAACGAAAACAAGCUGUGCCUGUGACGUUCUCGUUUAUGGCCAUCUUCAAGAUUUUCAUGCUGUCUUUAUUGGGACUUACUUUAGCUUUGAAUGUUCAUGGUAUUGCCCUUACUUAUACUUCUGCUAUGUUGGCUGCGGCAAUAGUUAACUGUCUUCCCGCUUCUACAUUCUUCUUCGCUGUUCUUCUCAGGAUAGAGAAAGUAAAUUUAAGGACGAGAUCUGGAAUCGUAAAGAUAGGAAGUGUAUUAUUUUGCAUGGGAGGUGUAUCGAUAUUGGCGUUUUACAAGGGGCCUCAACUGCAUAUUGUUGAUCAUCAUCGUGAUGAUCGACAACCUAAAGAUCAUUUAUCAUAUAAUAAUAAAUGGAUAUUUGGUUCUUUACUGUUGUUCCUAUCCACCACCAUGUGGAGCUUGUGGCUGGUACUUCAGUCUCAGUUACUUAAAAGUUACCCUUCAAAGCUAACAUUCAUGAGCAUUCAGAGUGUAUCAAGUGCUAUUCAGUCAUUUGGUAUUGCCAUUGCUUUUGAAAGAGAUUUUGAGCAGUGGAAGUUGGGUUGGAACAUGAGGCUAUUAGCUGUUGUUUAUUGUGGGAUACUAGUGACCGCAGUUUCAUAUUAUUUGCAAGCAUUGGUGAUUGAGAAGAAAGGACCCGUUUUUCCAGCAACUUGGAACCCACUCAGUUUUGUUAUUGCCACCAUUGGUUCUGUGAUACUAUUGGAUGAGCCACUAUUUUUAGGAAGGUGA